UUUUUUCGAGAUCUGUAGGACAGUUGCAUUAUUCAUUAAUUUAAAUUGUCACUGACAAAGUGUCAAAGUUUAUAAUAUGACGUGAUAUAUUUUGAUCGGUUAUAACUACAAUAACUCUCUGUACAUAGUUUAUAAUAUAUAUAUUAUUUUUAGCAAACUGUAAUGAAAUGUUUCUCUUGAUAAAUAUAAUUUUUUUAUUGCCGACCGAUUUAUCCGGUUAUUCGACCUUUUAGUUAAUUUUGACUGUAACCCGAGCUGACAGGGGCGGCCUGCUAUAAGAAUACUAGGAGUGACUACUCCUGUCCCGAAAAUAGGAAAAAAAAUCGUUUUAAGUUGAACAGGUUUAAUCAUAAUUCAUAACAGAAGAUUAAUCAUUUAAGUAAAAAUAAGUGUAUCUAAAUCAUAAAUUUUAAAAGUUAAUAAAAAUUUAACUUAAGAACAACCUAAAAAGUAUUACAUUGGUCCAAGUAAAUUUAGUUUGUGUGUGUGUGGGUGGGUUGUUUUGAAGACUCAAGCCGCCACUGCGAGCUGUAAACUUAAUUCCGAAUAGUUCUCGCUGUAUACCUAUGUCGUGCGUAUUGGUAAUAAUAACAAUGAUGGAGUGUUUUAAAACCAGCCACGGUAAAGAUUUUUUUAUGUUUUAAAAUAUAUAUAAUAGAUAUGUCUGUGAACAGUGUGAACAUUUCAAAAAUUAAGUGUUUUAUAUGACGUAAUAUACAUUUUUUUCCGGAUUAUCUUGUCCGGGUAUGAAAUUAUAACGGAGGCAGAUUUUUCGUACAUAUGGCAUUUUUUCACGGGGAUCAAUUGUCGUAGAUCUGAUACGAGUUUGUAAAUAGUGAUAAGGCGAAACGCUCUGGCCGCCGGCCGGACGAUUUACUUACUACUGACUGCUUAUGAUACAGCUAAAGCGAACGUGAGAUUGUUACUGUACACUGUACAGUUUUGGUGUAAGCAAUAAUAAUAUAAACAUACGCGUUUGAAACACCUAUUCUUUAAUUAAUUCUUCUCGCACGUUUCGUCGGCGCGUGGAGACCGUGCCAUGGACAGCAUCGUGGAGCACGUUUAUGCGGAACCCAACAUACCACCAGUAAUCGCAAUUACGGAAGUGGGCCAUUUGAAUUCAUCAACACUUUUAGAUUGUGGUAUGGCAAUUGAGAAUACAUCUAAUAGACCCAUAUUAAAAAUAUUUAAUCAACAUGGUGGUACAGUUGAAGAAGAAGAUCCUAGUAGAAAGGAUAAUGGAAAAAAAUACUUAAUUUUGAGAAAUAAAAAAACAAAUAAGGUUUUAGUUUAUGGUACCAAAGUAACUUAUCUUAAAAAGCCAGAUUACUUUAAAAUGAAAACGUUUGAAGAUCAGACAUUGGCAGAUAAAAAUCAAGAAUUUAAUUUAGUAUUUGGAACUAAAAAGUCAUCACGUAUUUCAAAGUCUAAGGUUAAUAAUACCAUUGAAGUUCCAACAGAUGUCUUUGAAAACAUUUCUUUUUCUUCGGAUGCAUUGCAACCAUCAUUUUCUCAGACCAAUGAAUUUUUAGUAUAUUUACCAUUGGGAUGUAAUCGUUUUUCUAGUAAAUUAGAAACAAUUUAUCCAGUUUCUACAUUAUUGCUCGAAAAUGAAAUAGACUUAAUGACUGAUUAUGCUAAAGAAGUAAUAAGUAUGUUACCGAUUACCAGUGACAAUGAGGAUUUAUCAUCAUUUUUCAUAACAAAUUUGAAUAGACUAUCUCAUAAAAAUAUUCAAAAUAUCUGUCUCCUUACCUUUGCUGAUGGACUGAUAGAAUUGUUAAGAGCAAAAUCAGCUGAGUUGAAUUUUAUGAAUAUUGAAAUUUACCCAAAUUCCGAAGUAAUAAAUGAUAAGGUGUUGGAUAAUUUUGUUGAAUACAGUAUAACUGGCAGAGAUUUGACAUCUAAGAUGAAGGAUAAAGCUGUGUGUCAUAUAAUUAUAAUCAUGAUGUUAAUCAACAUGUAUUCAUUUGACUUAAGUUGGAUAUCAUCAUUUCUUCCAUCAAGUAGCCAAAAGAGAUUGACAUUACUGAUGAAGGUAGUAGGAGCAUCACUAAUGAGAGAUGAUCCAACCAAGUACACACUAAAAAUUCCAUUAGCAACUCUACCCGCAUUUCAAAAACUAUCAAAAAAAAGUCGUUAAUAAAUAACUAAAUUUGAAUUUGAAUUUAUACUUAUUAAUUGUUGGCAAGUGCUAAUGUUGUUUUUAAUAAAAAAAUAAACUAUUUUUAACUUA